GCGCGGCGCUGAUUGACAGUUGGCGAACGACUGCGGAAGGCGCAGGAUCUAAAACCGCGCUAGGCGCUACUCUCCACGCUCGCUCGCUCCGCUCUUCUCUAACCCGUGCGAUCUACACACAACCCGGUUGCUUUUUCGUGGGGGAAAACCUGAAACACGCAUAUCCCCGUGCCCGGCGUAGCUAUACGUGUAAGCACACUAUAUACUACGAACCUACCGCCUUCUGUCCGCCGGAGUUACGAGUGCCACACGCAGUAGUAGUCACGGUCAGGGAGGAGGGUCGGACAUCACUCGCUCGGCGCGAAUCUCCUCUCUCGACUUCGCGGUCCGUACGCGCGCCGUCUUCGCGUGGUGAUAGCGGGAUGUACCCGUCGUCGUGCCCGCAGUAGGAAACCCACGUCCCCGUCUUCUCGUAUAUCCGCGGAUAGUCUUCGUCGAGCACGCGCGCGCGCGAGAUUGCUCCGAUACAUUGCAACGAGCGCGAUCCGGUUGUUACGAGAUUGUUGUGCGCGACUUCUCAGGCGGCAACUCGGAGAAGAGGAGAUACAUAUCGCGGGACAGCGCGCAUCGUCGUGGCAACGCUGCUGCCACACUGUGCGCGUCACGCGCGCGCUCUCUCUCUCUCUCUUUCUCUAUCUCUCUAUCUCUCUCUCUUUCUCUCACUCACUCACUCUCAGUCAUUCGUAAACACGGAGCAUCCGCGAGGUGCGAGCGUACGCAUCGGUUGACUGUGCCGCGACGGUGAAAUAUAAGUGCUAGCGUCGUGACGCCCGCCGUCGUCGUCGUCUUCGUCGUCGGGCGUCAUUGUGGAUCCACGUCUCGUGUCCCGAAACGAGUAAACGAAGGAUAUAACGUGUUCUGUCAGUGACAUCAGUGAUCAUUUUCUGUUGGUUGUGCUGCAAACAGUGAAUGUAGAAAAGGAGAAAAAAAAAACAGGACGUCUCCGGACGCGUCGUAAUAUAUCGUGUAUCGUGUCGGAUAUUAGGAGAGGAAUCAAGGUUUUGCUACCUGCGACCAGACAUCCCGGCGCCACCUCGAUGUGGCACGCUCGGCCGACAGGUCCCGCGAUCACCUCGCGCGCGAAUCCCGCGCUCUAGGUGUCAUAUUAGCCACCACGUUACUUCACCGCGUUUAUCCUUGCUCCGAGAUCGCGAUCGAGAGAACCCAGUCAACAGUCGUUGAAGAGGAGUAUAUCGUUCCAGAUAAUAUACGCGAAGAUAUGCGGGAUUGACGGGAGGCGAUCCGACACCGUGUCCCCGGAACGACCGAGGUGGUGUCAUCAUCAGCGACGACGAUGUGGAAACACGUGUACCCGGCCGCAGCCGUAGUAGUAGCCGUCGUAGCCGUCGUGGAAGUCUCGCUGAUACCCGAGAUUGCUGAACUGUGCUGACGCUUGUUCGCAGUUAUUGAAAUUCGACGUCGGCUGCACGUCUCUCUUGCGAGCGACGCUCUUGAGCUCUUCGAAAUCGCGGAAAAGAGAGAGAGAGAGAAAAACACGAAAGGGGAAGAGAGUUCGAGAGAAAUAUAGAAGGGAAGAGAGAGAAGAAAACGUAGAUACAGCGGAAGAGAGCAGCAGCGGGCCGACGGAAAGCGAUUGUGUUCAACACGUGUGCCGGUCGAUUCGCAUUCUGAGGAUUAAUCUGAAAAAAGAGGAGGAAGAAGGAGAAACUCAUUCUUCUCGGUUUACCCGUCGGCUACCGACGGAGCUUGGAAUUCGACCUCGAUCCUCUACCCGUCGGACAACCUACUCUACCUUUUAUCGUGAAAGUCCAACGUCACGUAGCGCGUUUGAGCGCCAGGCUUAGAUCGCGCUACAACAGUGCUGAGAAAGUGUUGUGAAGUGUCGAGGCUUGCUUACAUUGUGGGAAAAUACAGCCGCUACGGUGGCUCAGCACGCAGAGUUCCCCGGCGCGGCCAGGGCGUUCAUGGCGCAGCCAAGGUACGACGAUGGCGGGCUGCACGGGGGUUACCUCGAGGGCGGUGGUGGCGGUGGAGGUGCAGGGCUGUACGAUCCACACGGUAAUGCCCGCGGCGUUCCCGGUCUCCAUCACAGUCCACACCUCGGUAGCAUGGGACCGGCUCACCCCCAGUAUCCACCGCCUCAGCCGCCGCAGCACGUUCUCGCGGCGGCGGCCGCGGCCGCGGCUUCCGCGGUGCCCGAUGUCCACAAACGCGACAAGGACGCCAUAUACGGACAUCCCCUGUUCCCGCUCCUUGCACUCAUAUUCGAAAAGUGUGAGCUGGCAACGUGUACGCCGCGUGAGCCUGGUGUAGCGGGUGGCGACGUCUGUUCGUCAGAGAGCUUCAACGAGGACAUUGCCGUUUUCUCAAAACAGAUCAGACAAGAGAAGCCGUAUUACAUUGCGGACCCGGAGGUGGACUCGCUGAUGGUUCAAGCGAUUCAAGUCCUCCGGUUUCACCUCCUCGAGCUCGAAAAGGUGCACGAACUCUGUGACAACUUCUGCCAUCGAUAUAUAAGCUGCCUGAAGGGCAAGAUGCCGAUCGAUCUUGUGAUCGACGACCGAGAAAGCUCGAAGCCACCCGAGCUGGGUAACGGUCUCGACGGCGGCGGACCCAGGAGCACCGCCGACAGCACCAGUCAUACAGACGGAGCCAGCACGCCGGACGUCAGGCCACCUUCUUCGUCGCUUUCGUACCCCGGUGCGGGUGCUAACGACGACGCGCGUAGUCCCGGAAGUGGUGGCACACCCGGACCCCUCAGCCAGCAAGCACCAGCCAGCUUGGACUCAUCGGACCCUGAUGCAAUGGGCAAAUGGUGUCCUCGUAGAGAAUGGAAUUCGCCUCCUGACGCGCAACGUGCGGCGAGCGACGCGCGUCGUGGUGUCCUUUAUUCCUCCGUCUUCCUCGGCAGUCCCGCAGGUGACGCGAGUAACGCGAGUAUCGGUAGCGGCGAGGGUACGGGAGAGGAAGACGACGAUUCGUCGGGGAAGAAAAACCAAAAGAAACGGGGUAUCUUUCCUAAAGUCGCGACGAACAUCCUCAGGGCGUGGCUCUUUCAACAUCUCACGCAUCCAUAUCCCUCGGAAGACCAGAAAAAACAGUUGGCACAGGACACGGGGUUGACGAUCCUUCAAGUUAACAACUGGUUUAUUAACGCGAGGCGUAGAAUUGUUCAACCAAUGAUCGACCAGAGUAAUCGAGCUGUGUUUCCACCAUUGUCUGCAGGACCGAGCGGGGCAUACAGUCCGGACGCGACGAUGGGCUACAUGAUGGACGGACAGGCGGCCAGCAUGAUGCACCGGCCGCCCGGUGAUCCUGCCUUCCACAAUCAGUACCAUUACCCGGAGUACUAUGGACAUCACAUAUAAAGAAGUACUUGCAAGAUAGAACGGACGGUAGAACGACAGUUCUAGCGACAUGAGAAGCGUGACGGACCUACCGUGUUCCGGUUGGCGUAGACCAGAAUCGGAGGACAACGACGAUCCGUGAUCGCCAGAACGAUUUCUUGCCACGCCGCACGUCGAAAUCCGUGACGCUCGGGUGCUCGGGGUAGAGAGGAAAAGAGAAAGGGGCAAAGGAGCGAGGUUCCCGGUUCAAGGAGGAAAGACGUGGCGGAUGAAACGCCGCGGGAGGCCAACGGGGAGAAGACGAUCGUAGGAACCGUCGAAGGAAGAGAGAUACGGUUAUACGAGAUGGAGUGAAGUAGCUGCGGAAGCGGCGACGCAGAAGGACAUGGGGAGGAUGAAACCGCGGCUUUGGUCUGGAGAAUGACGCGGUGAAAUUCAUGUGAUUGUUCUUUGUACAAAUAUCGCGGUGUAAUAAAAAUAUUGUAGUGAUUGAA